GUCGCAAUUUAAAUCGAAGGAUUUUUCCUGAAACCCUAUUUAUUAAGCAGAGCCAAGCAAGUAGCAGCCCCGCUGAACUACAGCUGACAGUUCUCGCCCACAACAUCGAUAUUCGGUUGAAUAAAGAUCUUUCACCUCAUCAGUCCGGAGAAUUGCUAAGUACAAUUAGAAGAUGACUGAGGGUAUCGCCGAUUUUGCUGUUCCGGGGCUAUCUGUACCCUGCAAGACGUGGUACAAAGUAUUCGGCGACUUGAAAACAUCAACACAGACACCGCUGAUAGUACUCCACGGCGGCCCCGGAGCGUGUCAUGACUACCUCCUUCCAUUAACAGACCUCGCACCCUUCAUUCCUCUCAUCUUCUAUGACCAAAUCGGAAAUGGUCGAUCAACUCACCUACCCGAAAAAGUCGGCGAUGAAGCUUUCUGGACAGUAGACUUAUUUCAAAACGAGCUCGACAAUCUAGUUUCUCACCUAGGACUGAGGGACCGUCCUAUCGAUGUAUUUGGACACUCUUGGGGCGGAAUGCUCACCGCUGUCUGGGCAGCAACUCCGUCGCGUGCCGCGAAUCUCAGACGGCUGGUGAUAUCGAGCAGUCUUGCAAGUAUGGACGUAUGGCGAAUUGGUAUCACGGCUUUGACGGAAAAACUCCCCGAAGAUGUCCAGGAAGUACUUCGUCGGGCUAAGGAAACCAAGGACUUUAAAAGUCCGGAGUAUGAGGCCGCCGUGGAGGUGUUCUACAAACGACAUCUAAGUCUCGCAAGACCUUGGCCUUCGGAAGAGGUCCAGGCUGCACUGGGAUGGUUUGCGGAGGAUUCGACUACUUAUAGUACCAUGUACGGAGCGAGCGAGCUUGAGAUUUCUGGUUCCCUUCGUGACUGGAGCUCGAUACCGGUAUUGGGUAAGAUCAAAGCACCGACUCUGUUGCUGAAUGGAACGGAAGAUGAAGCGCAGGACGUGGCAAUGCAACCAUUCUUCGAUCAUAUCAAGAAGGUGAAGUGGAUCACGCUGGAGAAUGCUGCACACUUCGCGCAUGUCGAUCAAAGGGAAAGGUUUAUGAAACAUUUGAAAGACUUUUUGGUGGAAUCAUGA